UUAUUUUUUAUUUAAUAGGAGUAUAGUUUUACAAAAUUAAGAUAAAUGGACAAAAAGUGGAUACAAUUGGUUCUCUCCCAAUAAAAAAAAAAAACCAUAAAAAGCUCACAAAUCUAGAGUUACAACUUGUAACUUGAAAUACAACACAAACACACAACACCACCCUUUCCUUUCAGUUUUCUCUCUCCUCAAAUUUCAUUUGGUUGGGUGUUGUUUUUGGUGUGUGAGCACCAAAACCGCCUUUCCCGUUGCAUUCUAUAUUACGCCUCUCGUUUUUUUGUUCAUCUCAACUCAAUUCUUUCAACCUAUAAAAAUUAACCAAAUUUCUCAAAUCAUAAAACGCCAGAAUUUUCUCUCUCUUCUUCAUCCUUCUUUUAACAGAGACAAGUUUUCGUCUUUGUUUUAUUUUACAACUAUUUUAUUUUUCCUGCUAAUUUUUCACUUUUAACCUUUUCAAUUUCUUUUAAAUUUCCUACAUUUUCUUCCUAAAUAACCCCCAUUUACUUGUUUCCUCUGUUAAAUCUGGAAAUUUCUGGUAAAUCUUGGUGUACCCAUUACAUAGGAAUUCUUGUCUGUGUUCUUGAGCUUCGGGAAAAUAAAUUAUAAAUUCAAAAAUUUUAAAAAAUAUCUCUAUUUUCCCAUCAAGGGCAAUUUUAUCCCAAAACUAUGGAUGGAAGGGAUACAUGGGUUAGCCAUUAUCACUAUGGUUCUGUGUUAAACCCUGUCAAAUUCGAUUCCUUUUCGGAGGUUGAUGAUGAGGUAAACAAAGACAUAGUGUCUGUAGACUCGAUUCUUCCAGAUGACUUGUUGGAGAGGAUUCUGGCCUAUCUACCUGUUGCCAGCAUUUUUAGAGCUGGUUGUGUUUGCAAGAGAUGGAACGAUAUAGUGACUUCGAAACGUUUUUUGUGGAAUUUUUCUGUCCAUGUUCUAUCACAUAAGCCUUGGUAUUUCAUGUUUAUCAGCACUGAUGAAUCUUUUGGGUAUUCCUAUGAUCCUGGCCUUAAGAAGUGGUAUGGCAUUGACCUGCCUUACUUUGUUACCUCUAAUUGGUUCGUUGCUUCCUCUUUCGGUCUUGUUUGCUUCAUGAACAAUGAUAGCAGAAGUGAGCUCCAUGUUUACAACCCCAUCACCAAAUGCAGCAAGAGGCUCAUGGAGCCUCCAGGCAUUAAAUUCUCUGAUUAUACUGCCCUCACAAUAUCUGUUGAUAGGAUAUCUCACAACUACAAUGUCUCGAUUGUGAAAUCGAAACAAGUACCAGACAACUUCUACCAAUGGGAUCUCUCCAUUCAUAUCUAUAGCUCUGAAACAAUGAUGUGGGUGUCUCCACUCACGGAAGUUUUAAACGGGUGGAGAGCUGGUGAUGAGUGUGUGAUUUGUGACGGUGUUCUCUACUUUUUGCUCUACUCUACUGGUGGUGGAAUGCCUGAUAAACGCCAUGGCUUGAUCAAGUACAAUCUCUCAAGCCGCUCACCCCGUGGCUUGUUGAUGAGGAAUUUUAUCCCAGCCCCUUGCCCUUUAACGUGUGGUCGAUUGAUGAACCUCAAGGAGAAGUUGGUGAUGGUAGGAGGGAUCGGGAAACAGGAUCGUUCUGACAUAAUCAAAGGGAUAGGGAUUUGGGUCUUAAACGGAAACGAAUGGCAAGAUGUAGCUCGGAUGCCACACAAGUACUUUCAAGGUUUUGGAGAGUUCGAUGAUGUAUUCGCUAGUAGCGGAACUGAUGAUCUGAUAUACAUCCAGAGCUUUGGUGCACCAGCCUUGCUUUUGUUUGACAUGAACCUAAGGCAAUGGAAAUGGUCACAGAAAUGUCCUGUUACAAAGAGGUUCCCUCUUCAGCUUUUCAAUGGUUUUUGCUUUGAACCUAGGCUUGAAGUUUCUCCUUAAGGUUGGGGAACUUUAGUUAUUUGCUUUUACUACUACUAGUAUCUCUCAACCCCACCAAAAAAAAAACCUGUUUUUCAUUUGUCAUUUGGUUAUGAUAACAUCUAUCUUUCAGAACAGUGCAUAACAAAACAUACCAGCUGGAAAAAUGUCUGCAUCCCCCCCAAAAAAAAAUUGUUUACUUUUAAAUCUUUUGCAAUCAACAGCUGAGCUCAAGUACAAGUUCUGAUCACCUAGGGAUUGAAAUUCAAAAAAAAAAAAAAAA